AUGGCUAACCCCUUCGUUUUCUACGCUCCGCAGGUGUGUAACUGCUUUUCCAUCUUCGCUAGAAAAUCUGACAACCGAUACUUGGUAAUGCUCCCAUGCCCACGGGUGCUUUGUGAAACUUUGUGCAAUUUCUUUGAUUCUUCCUUGUUGCUUCUAUGCUGUGGUGAUAUCGAGUCGAACCCUGGUCCACCUCGCACUCGAUCUACUCAAACAGAAGUACGGUUGACGUCUCAGCAAGCUUCGAUCCAAAAUCGCUUAGACGAUCUGGAAGAUAGGUCCAGGCGUGACAACUUAAUUAUACACGGUAUUCCCGAUGCGCGUGAAACUUGGCAACAGACUGAGCAGAAAGCGCUUGACGUGUUAUCUACUGCGCUGGGUAGAAAAGUAUCGGAAUCUGAGAUUGAACGUGCACACCGUUUGGGCCGUUUCACACCGUCAAAGUGUCGGCCUGUCAUUAUAAAAUUUUCUUGUUAUAAAACCAGAGGAAUCGUACUAGCAGCAAGGUCAAACUUCAAAGAGAAGAAGAUGUCUGUUGUCGAAGACUUCUCUGUCGCCACUCGCCUUGCUAGAAGAAAGCUUGCUGAAUUCGCCAAAAGCUUGCCUGGUUCACCGAACUUCCAACUACGGUACAACAAGCUCAUUGUUAACAAUAUGCGCUACAAGUAUGACGGUAACAGUGUUAUAGAACUAAACUCGUCUACUUCAAGCGAACCGUUCGAAAGUACACUUCUACCUGCCGCACCUCAUUCGAGUGACGAAACAUUAACAUAG